AUGGCCUCAUCCCUGAGAGUCACUAUGCUGCUCCUGGCUGCAGUGCUCUUCGAUCUGGCCAUGACUCACAAGGCCUUUAAGUUCCAUCAUAAGAGGUCUCCCAUUAUUGGUGGCAGGGAAGAUGUAGAUGCUAGUGAUGAAGGUGUGCAGCAGGCUGUGGACUUUGCCCUCCGUGAGUACAACAAGGUCAACAAUGACUUGCACCUGAGCCACCUGGUGAGGGUGGUGCGUGCCCAGCAGCAGGUGGUGACUGGCAUGAACUACUACUUGGAUUUGGAGAUCAGCAGAACCACAUGUGCCAAGGACCAGUCCUCUCAGGAUGAUUGUCAGCUCACUGAGGAGCCGGUAUGA